AGCGCGUCCCCGCGGCGCCUCGGGUCAGAGCUGCUGCUGCACGCCCGAGAGCUCCAGUCCCGAACCAGAGCCCGAACCAGAACCAGAACCAGAGCACCAUGCUGCGUGUGCGAUGCCUGAGAGGAGGGAGCCGCGGAGCUGAAGCCGCUCAUCUGAUCGGCGCUAGGGUGGGUUGCGCGGCGUCGGGAUGGGCGUCGCGCGCGUUCCGCAGCACCUCGAGCUCCGCCGCCGCGCUCCCGCUCACCGUGGACGAGCCGUUUACCGAGCCCGCGCCCGAGGAAAGCCCCGUGUGCGCGCACAACGAGUGGGACCCGCUGGAGGAGGUGAUCGUAGGAAGAGCCGAGAACGCCUGCGUCCCCCCGUUCACCGUGGAGGUCAAGGCCAACACCUAUGAGAAAUACUGGCCCUUCUACCAGCAGUUCGGGGGACAGACAUUCCCGAAGGACCAUGUGAAGAAAGCACUUGCUGAAAUCGAGGAAAUGUGCAAUAUUCUGCAGCAUGAGGGAACACUCGCACGCACACACAUACACACACUGAUAUCAGCGCCGACACUACAGGCUGUUUUCUGUGCAGGCAUGUACGCAGCCAUGCCGAGAGACAUUCUGAUUGUGGUGGGAAACGAGAUCAUCGAGGCCCCAAUGGCCUGGAGGGCCCGGUUCUUCGAGUACCGCGCGUAUCGGCCACUCAUUAAGGAGUACUUCAGGCGGGGAGCCAAGUGGACCACUGCACCCAAACCCACCAUGAGUGACGAGCUGUACGAUCAGGAUUACCCCAUCCGCACCGUGGAGGACAGACAUAAGCUGGCCGCUCAGGGGAAGUUUGUCACCACUGAGUUCGAGCCGUGUUUCGAUGCUGCAGACUUCAUCAGGGCCGGCACUGAUAUCUUUGUACAGAGGAGUCAGGUUACAAACUUCAUGGGCAUCGAGUGGAUGAGACGUCACCUUGCCCCCACCUACAAGAUCCACAUCAUCUCCUUCAAAGACCCCAACCCCAUGCACAUUGACGCCACCUUUAACAUCAUUGGCCCGGGGCUGGUGCUGUCGAACCCGGAUCGGCCCUGCAGGCAGAUCGAGAUGUUCAAGAAGGCCGGCUGGACUGUGGUGACUCCUCCAGCUCCUCUUAUUCCAGACAAUCAUCCGCUGUGGAUGUCGUCCAAAUGGCUCUCGAUGAACGUGUUGAUGCUGGAUGAGAAGCGUGUGAUGGUGGACGCUAACGAGUCGAACAUACAGAAGAUGUUUGAAAGUCUGGGUAUUCAGACCAUUCGAGUCAGCAUCCGGCACGCUAACUCCCUGGGAGGAGGCUUUCACUGCUGGACGACGGAUGUGCGCCGCCGCGGGACGCUCCAGUCGUACUUCCUCUAGCCUGCCAGAGACGCGCAGUCCUUAUUGAGCUCAGAUCAGCAUGCUUUGAUCGCGCUGUGCAUGUCAGGGCUUUUGCAAACGCCACAGAUGAACGUGAUGAAUACAAACCUCAGUGAUCUCAAUAAUGACUGCAUCUCUGGCCGGCUGUUGUAGGAAUGACUCCAGUGAAGCAGACAGAGCCCCCCCCCACGCCACCACGACCACAGAAGAAGAGUUUCUACCUCCUGUUUACCAAAAUGAAAAAAUAAUAAUAGUAAUAAAAACAUAGCAUAUUUUGAAUUGUAAUGACUUCUUAUAUAAUGCAUUUUAAUUAUAUAUAAUUUUCUUUUCUUACCCUACAUGUGAUGUGCCAAGUGUUAAUUUGUAAACUCAGGUAUUUUUGUAGCCAUAUUUCAGCUAUUUUGUAAGCAUUUCAUGAAAAUGUAAAUAUCUAUAUGCAUAUGCAUUUUUAGUGGCAUAUACUUUCCCUUCACAAGAGUGUUUUCUAGCCUCUGCCUCUGAUGUCAUUCUCUAUAGCAGGAGUCAGGACGCUGUGCUGCUUCACAUCCUCAUGGAUCGUGUUCCCGACGUUCAGGAGACGUUUGGCUGAUUGUUUUGCUGUGCUGUUUGUGCUGUGAUUCUCUAGUUAAACUUGUUGGGUGCGAUUGCUCUUUAUCAACACAUGAUCGUGUGUCGGG